GUGCCUUUGCGAUGCGCCAGAGACUGUCAGACCUUCAGAACAAGAUGGGUCGAUUACAACGUACACACAUUAACGAACUACUACUACAAUGCGAAGUGGGGUCUCAAGACAACAGUACCACCCUCAUGGCCUCUAAAGGAAGCAAAAACGUACCGAAUGGAAGAAAAACGUAAAAAGGGGAGCAAACCCGUACACAAAGGGGAUUGGCAGCAGUACCUGCAGGACAUUUGGAAUAUUCUGGAACGCGGAGAACAAGAAAAGAUAACCAUCGACGAAUCAAUCGCCUUCGUUAAUACACAAAUCGGGAAAAUGGCCAAUGAAAUCCUCGAUUUGUGUACCGUUCUGGGAGCACAUGAAGCCAUAAACCAUCCCCAAACUGAGGAAUUAUCCAGUACUUGA